AAUAAAAUGGUUAUUGCAAAAUUAAUGAUGUUAAUGUGUGUUUUGAUGGUUGGGAGUUUAAUUGAUGCAAAACCUCCUACCACUUAUACGGUUGGCGAUGAAUUUGGGUGGACUCUAACAAUUGACAUGGGAGCUUGGGCCAAGGGCAAGACAUUUUAUGCUGGUGAUUAUCUAGUGUUCAAGUAUGAUGAGAUAUAUUACAAUGUGGUGGUAGAUGAUAAAGAAGGAUUUGAUGCAUGCAUAGCUUCAGACAAUUCUACAACAUAUAAUGAUGGAUACAAUAAACUUCAGGUUGUUUUUGGAAAAAAUUACUUUAUGUGUGGUCACUUUGUGGAUUGUCAAGCCGGUAUGAAGAUGACAAUUGAUGGAAAAGCACCACCACCACUACUAUAAUCAAUCGACCUAAUUGUCUAUUAUUAUUGAACCAUGCCACAUAAAGCAUUUAUUGGAAGUUUAUUGCUUUUAAUUUAGUA